AUGGCAACAGGCAUAAUGGCUCCCCCAUCGACGAACACCACACAGGCAAAUUCAGGCCCGUUCGUCUCGAAAUGGGCAUCUCGGUACCGCGGGGCUGCAGUAGAGGACCUGCAACCACCCGCGGCCCUCUCGCUCACACCCUCCGACCCCAUCUCUCUCGCCCUCGAAGCCGCCUUUGAGCGGGACUACACGCACCUGACGAUCGUGGACAGCGAGACGCGGAGCCUGAUGGGCUACAUCUCGAUCCCGAACCUUCAGUCACUGCUCGACGGCGGCAAGGUGGCGGCCGAGGACCCCAUCAGCGCCGCCAUGACGCGGUUCCAGCGCCGCGGCAGGAAGUACAAGGUCAUCACGAUGGACACACCGCUCGAGGAGCUCGAGGCCUUCUUCGAGGGCGCUCAGACGGCUGGCCAGAAGCAGGAGUUCGCCGUCAUCACUGACGACAACAGGCGCUUCGUGCUCGGCGUCGCCACUAGGGAUGACCUCGAGCAGUUCGUCAAGAGGAGGCCGGCGUAG